CAAAAGACAUUGCAGCAAACGCAAGCCUCCAAAAGCAGGGCCCGUGGGUCGCCAGCUUGUCCUCGAGCGCGUCUCGCCGUCAGUUCACCCGCUGCCAUGCGCGACGGCAGCGUUGGGCUGCCGCGGCCCGGGCGGAGGCGGCACCAGCAAGCGCGUGUGCUUGCAGCGCUGCUCCUCGUGCUUUUGCAGCGGCCGGAGCCGUGCGCAGCUGCCAGCCCCCGCGGCUUAGGUCCCGGCUGCGGUCAGGGCGGCAGCUGCAGUGGCUCUGCGACAUUGCUGGUGGCAGAGGGCGCACGUGGUGGUGGCGGCGGAGGCGAUGGCGGAGGCGGUGCCAGUGGCGGUGGCGGCGGCGGUGGUGUGGCUAGGCUGCACCAGCAGGGGGCAUUCAUCCUCCCGCCCGGCUAUGAGGCCUGGCAGCGGCACCCUCCUGACGGCGACGAUGGUGGCGCAGGUGCAGCAACAGGCUCGGAAGCGGCAGAAGGCGCCGCCGCCGCUAGUGGCGACACCAGCAGCAGCAGGGGCAGGGGUGGGGGCACGGGCAGCGGAGGCAGUAGGUGGCGGCCACCGUCUGUGGCGGCGGCGCUGGCGGCGGCGUUGGGGAGGCGCACGCUUCCUCCUGACGCUGAGGCGGCGGCGCCGGUUGGUGCUGCUGCUGCUGGUGGUGACGGCGGCAGCACCAGCGGAACCAGCAGCAGCAGCGGCGGCGGUAGCGGCACCACCAGCAGCACCAGCGGCACCCGCAGGGAGGUCGACUCGGCAGCCGGCACCGCCGCCAGCAGUGCCAGAGGAGGGCCGGACGCCAGGCCGCCUGUGCAGCAGGCGCCCGACAGUACAAGUGCGGACGCACCGCCGCAUCGCGUGCAGCCGGAGCAGGUGGGGCACACCCAGGAGGGCGAGUGGCGGCGCUGGGAUGCAGAGGAGGUGGCAGUGGGGGCACAUGGGCAGCGGGUGGCGGCGGCGGAGGCUGUGCCGCGACACGCGACAGUGAUGUACGUGCGGGGCCGCGGCACGUUUGUACGGCGCAACCCGCCAGCAGCAGCAGUAGCGGCAGCAGUACCAGCAGAGGCAGCAGGAGGUGGUGGCUCGCGCGGUAAUAAUAAUGAUGAGCUGAAUCAGCGUCGCCGUCGCCGGCUGGCACAAGCGCAGCCACCGCCACCGCCUGCACCCGCACCAGCCGACACAACUGGUGGUGGGGACACGGGCGAUAACACAGGCGCAGAACCCCCCGGCGGCACCAACGUCACCUUCACGCCCAGCCGCCUGGCCUGCAAGGGCUGCCCGCCCGGCGACCCGCGGCAGCCCGUGGGCGACCCGCGUGUGGCGCCCUUCGCGGCGGUGGGGCUGUUGGCGCAGGAGCGGCGCAGCUUCCUCAGCAGGAGUGUGGCGCAGUGCACGGGCACCCUCAUCGGGCCCCGCCACGUGCUCACCGCCGCACACUGCGUGGUGGCGCCCGACCGCUGGAGCUUCGUGGAGCAGGUCCAGUUCUUCCCGCAGCUGAGCGGGGUGGUGCCGGAGGACACGCCGGGACGGGACGUGGCGAGCAUGCGCGUGCUGGAGCGCUACAUCCGACUGGGCUCCGCCAGCCUGGCCGCGCUCAACUACGACUUUGCGCUGCUGACCCUGGCGCAGGACAUGCCGCCCGGGUCCGCCACGCUGCCCAUCGCGCCCGGCAGCGGCCGGCCCGUGCUGGACCUACAGACAGCCGGCUUCCCGGGCGACAAGCCGCGCGGCACCAUGUGGACCGUGCGCUGCCCGCACGUGGCCUUCGACUUCGAGGGCAGCGAGCUGCAGGACGUGUGCGGCAGCCGCCGAGCCUGCGACAACAUGGUCGUGCACGACUGCGUGUCCUGGGAGGGCCAGAGCGGCUCCGCUAUCUGGCAGCAGGACCCAGGCAGCUCAUCAUCUUCAUCGGUGUCGUCAGGAGCCCAACUGGCAGCUGCAGGCGGAGUCGGAGCCGGAGCCGGGGGUGCAAACGGCACGGCUGCAGGCAACACACCUGCUGCCUACGCAGAGCCCCUGACACCGCCGCCGCCACCGUCGGCGAAUGGCAGCAGUAGCACCGGCAAUGGGAGCAGUAGCAGUGGUGCAGCGGAGGAGGCACAGCUACAGCAGAAGCAAGACGUCAUACGCGCGGUGCUUACAGGGAUGCUGAAACUCGAGGACGGCACGUCACUCAACGUGGGUACGGAGCUGAACGACUUUGUGUACGGCACCCUAGCCACAUGGUACAAUGAAGACUACCAACAGGAGCCGGCGGCGCACCUGCAACUGCCGCCCGCCGCCGCAGCCGCAGCCGCCAGCCAAGGGGAUGGCGGCUCGCGCGCUGCCACCAUGACACCCGGCGAGGGCGGCGGCGGCUCCUGGCUGGGCGACCACAUCUUUGUGCCCAUAGUGGCAGCUGUGGGCGGCGCGUUGCUGCUGCUGGCGGGCGGGGCGGUGUGCGUGCUGCCGCUGUUUGGUAUCAGUCUACUGACGCCGUUCUGUCGCUAAAAGUUGCUUGUAUGAAUUGCUAGAAUGCUAGCUAGCAAGUCUGCUGACGCCGGUCUGCCGCUGAUGAUAGUUGGAUGCAUUUUGCUAGCUGGCCAGCACCUGGCAAAGUCACUCGUGUAUGCCUGACACGGUGUGCGUGCCCGAGCGGCACACAGCGAGAGAUUUAACUC